AUGUGUGGCAGAACGGCCAGCGGGAGAUGUGCAGUCCCAGUCGCUAGCAGUGUCCUGGUUGCAGCUGGAAUCUACGCCAUGCUAACCAUGUUUUUCUUUGACAUGGAGUUGAGGGCCACUCUGGUGGCCAGGCGAUCUGACGAUCUCCCGCCCUGGCUCCUCCCAGAGGGAACGCUGGGUGCCGAAAAUCGCGGGGGCGAUGCCAGUAGACCCAUCCAGUUGAGUGCUAGAGAUGGCAGCUCACCCAACAACAGCUUUUCUGUUUCUGAGAGACCGACAGCCAAGUCAGCCGCACAGACUGACAGACUGACAACUUCUGACGGUGGAGCCAACGCCUCGUGUACGUGGGUAGAUUUGAAAGUACAGGGCCCACCUUACUUUCUGACUGCUGUGUUGAUUGUGAGAAUUUACGAGAAGGAUCUGUCUGAGCUGACUUCACUGGAUAUGAAAAACUGGCUGUUUUACAUCCGCUACGCUGGAGUUGAGCAUGUAUAUGUGUACGACCUGUGGACCCUGCCUGGAGAGUCGCAGAAGGAGCAGCUGGAGGUGUUUGUCAGGGAAGGCUUUGUCACCUAUUUCGACCGGCACGAGACGCACCCUUUUGAAUUGGAACGCUCUCAGCACUCCAACUACCAACACUGCAUUGACAAUUUUGGGAAGGACACAAGAUGGCAGGUGGCCAUCGACAUAGAUGAGUACCCAUUUGCUCUGAGCGACACAGAGCCCGGGUUCCUAGCUCGCUACAUCAAGAAAUUCAAGGAGAAACACCCAGCCGUGUCUGAAAUCACGAUGGAAAAUUUUCUCUAUCUUGGACAGAAGAACAAUUCGAGGGGAGCUCCUCUUUGA